UUUUAAUUAAAUUCAAUAGGAAAAUGGACGAGAACCAAUGCAGAACUUGCUUAGGUGAAGCAAACGAUAGCCGUUAUUCAGUUUUCAAGCGAAUACAGGAGUCAACUAUAGACGAAAUGCUUGUAAUCCUCACAAAUGUGAAACUGUCACCGGAUGAUAAUUUCAGUAAAGUUUUGUGUAAGAAGUGCUUCACCGAUGUAAUUAAUGCAUAUACAUUUAGAAGGAAAUGCCUAGACACAGAACGAACUCUAAAAGGUUUAGAAAAAAAAUUACUGGAAAUGCAGAAUGCACAGGCAAAGAUGUUUGAGUAUAAAGCUGAACUUCCCGAAGAAGUGGUAUACGAAGAAGAAGUUUUAAAGGACGAAAUAAUCGAAGAUGAAAGCUCACCAAUGAAAGUUGUUAUAUAUGAUUCAGCUGUGGAUGCAUUAGAUGAAGAGGAUGCCUAUAUAACUUAUGAAAUCGAAGAAGAAGACGAGACGUUAGGAUAUAUUGAAGAGUAUGAGCAAGUUGAGUACCUUGAGACUGAAACCCAAUCCCAAAAUGAUGAAACUAUGGAAUAUGAUGAAACCAAAUUGUUUAGUAGCUAUCAGUGUGAAAUCUGCAAGCCAAAUAAAGUAUUCAGUACAGAAAUUGGACUAGAAAGGCAUAUGCAUGAGGAUCACAGUAUCGGACAGAAUCCUUAUUACUGCGAGAUCUGUAAUCUAGAAUUUCCUAUAAAGUCAACAGAUAAAGAGGAUUCAAUACAUAAGAACAUAAUUAAGCACAAGGGUUACCAUUUAGAAGGUAAAUUUCAUUCAUGUAAAAAGUGCUUCGAGGCAUUCAAAACAAUUAAACAACUUGAGAAUCACGAGCGAAGUCAUGGCAUAAAUGGAGGUGGAAGUCAAUACAAAUGUAAGCCUUGCGGCAUUUAUUUUCAAUCAUAUUCAAAGUUGAAUCUACACAUGUCUGAGUCAUCAUGUCGAGACUUACAGGAAAAGUCGUUUAAAUGCUACAUCUGUAAUCAAAUAUUUAAUAUGGGAAUUGUAAAGAAGAAGCAUAUACAGGAAGAGCAUCAAGAUAAAGCGGGUGCCGAUUGUCCUUUGUGUCUCCGUUGUAAAAUACCGUCAGCUGUUGCUUUUGAGAAUCAUUACCGAACACAUUUUGUGGAACCACGCUUUUGUUGUAGCUUUUGUGGACGUUCAUUUCAUGAAAGUGAUCGAUUACAGACGCACAUUCGAAGGUCUCACGACAAAACUCCACUUAUAUGCUUUUGGUGUAACAAGCCAUUUAGAGAUAAGUCAGGCAUUGCACGACACAUUAUGGGUGUACAUUUUAAUACAAGAACACAUAAAUGUACAAUAUGCUCAAAAGCAUUUACAGCUAGUUACAAUUUAAAGGAACACAUGUUUUCGGUUCAUAAAAUGGCAUCAAGUGUUUAUAAAUGCGAAAUAUGUCUGCAGGACUUUCUCUAUAGAAAACAAUAUGAGCGGCAUCGUGGAACGUGUAUGGGUAGUGUGGUAGAUAAAAGAAAACGUUAAUUAUGAUAGUAAUGAUUAUGUAGCACUCAUUUCUGUUGAAAUAAUAUUUUGAUAAUAAUAAGGUAUAACUAAGGUUGAAUUAAUAAAGAUAAUUCACGAAUUACC